AUGCGUCCACCAACUACCACCCUCUUUCGCCACGUCCUCUUCCCCUCCACAACACCAAUAUUCAGAUCCUCACCCGCAACAACUAUGCGCACUUUCUCGAUACUCACGAAACCGGAAUUAAGAUGGCAGGGCGCGGGCGGGUAUGGAAUUCAGAACGCGGGGGGUUAUGGACGAUUAGGUGGAUAUGGUGUUCAGAAUGGGGUGUUGGGCGGAUAUGGACAGGUUCGGGGGAUGAAGGUUAGGAGUUCUGUUAAGAAGUUGUGUGAGGGGUGUAAGAGCGUCCGAAGAAAGGGUGGAAAGAAGGGACGAGGGCACGUUUAUAUCAUUUGCAGCUUAAAUCCUAAGCAUAAGCAACGACAGGGGAAAUAA